AUGAAUAUGAACUCAUCACUGGCUGCUCGGCGAAGGGUAGUACCUGCUGAGGUAGACACGACAAACCACGAGUGGUUCUAUCCCAAAAAGACCGUCGAGAAACAGCGCCCUAACUCAGGGGCAACCUUCUUCGAUGACACGGAUUCUGAGAGUGGUGACUGGCGCCAAUCGCACCGGCAGAGUAUGCAAUCGUACAGUAACGGGAGCAACACUACUCUUUCGAGCCCCGAGCUACCCACUCCAGACCUCCUGCCAAGAAACCUGCCUACCUUUCGAUCAAGUAAGGAACUGAUUGCGGGCCCUUCAGGUCCUGAUUUGUUCAGAGGAUCCAGGGGUUCGACUGUGGAUGUUGAAUUCUAUCUUGAACCGUCACCUUCGCUCGAUUUCAAGUCACUUACACAGCCUGAGUUUGUCAACCCGCAUCAGGCUGAGUUCGUCAACCAAUACCAGACCGAGUUCGUCAAGUACCAGGACGAGCGCCCCAACCAGUACCAGCCUGAGCGCUCCAACCAGUAUCAGCCCGAGUUUGUCAACCCACAUCAGCCUGAGUUCGUCAACCGCUAUCAGCCUGAGUUCGUCAACCAGUACCAGGAUGAGCGCCCCAACCAGUAUCAGCCUGAGCGCUCCAACCAGUAUCAGCCUGACUUCGUCAACCAGUACCAGGAUGAGCGCCCCAAUCAGUACCAGCCUGAGCGCUCCAAUAAGUACCAGGCUGGUCGCUCCAACCCUUAUCUGUUAUCUCCUAAGACACCAAAGGCUUUUCCACGCAACCCCGAUGUGUCUCAUCUAUCAAAGAAGGAGAUUAGGAACUGGGAUCCUAGCCAGGUCGCUCACUGGCUAUUUAUCGGUGGAUAUCCCGAUGAUAUCCGUGACACGUUCCUCAAAAAUGAUAUCACCGGCGACAUUCUGAUGACUUUGACAAAGGAUGAACUCGAGUACCAACUCCGAAUCCAAUCUAUGGGCAGACGUGUCCAGCUCAUCCAAUCGAUUGAUUAUCUCCUCGAGAACAUGCAGACGAGACCGAUUCCAGAAACACCGUCUCAGUUUCCGUCCGAGGCGGCGUCUUCUAACGGGAGAAGAUCUCCCGAAUCGUUCGCCCCCCAGGAAUUGGCUCCUAAAAGAACUCCUACAGGCCAAUCUUAUACAAUGUCUAUUUCGCCUGACGGUAAAAUUCUCUCUUCGCAUGCCUUUGGACAGAGUGGGGAUCAAAGCACCGCAGACGCAGAGUCUAUAUCGAUUGUUGGAAUCGAGGAAUUUCAUCCGAAGCCCCACAGGUGCUCCAAAGGAGAGAAAUGCAGCAAGUUUAAGAAGCUCAAGGAGAAGCGCCUGAAGAAGCUUACUACAGAGUAUCCCGGCGCAGAUUUUCAGGGGGGUGCUAUCUUUGUAGGCAGCCCCGGAAAUCCUGAAACCGCGAGAAAUCUUCUCCGGCCCACGUCCGAGGCCGAGCUUUCAGUGAUGGCAUCCUCAAAUAUCUUUGGUCCUCGGUCCGGACCAAGACUUUCUGAGGCAGCUCUGAGCGAAAUUCAACGCUUAGAUCCGCAAGAAACAAUCCGAAACUUUCUCAGGCACCAGCAUAUCGAUGACUUCCCCAAGCCUGGACCCCUUGGGCUGGACACUCACAAUCUUCCGCCGGCAGACGACUUUGAGGACAUCUCCCCGCUAAAUGCUCAGUCAAAUUCUAUGGCCGCAAACCUGCGCAGUCUUCCGAGGCUUACGAUCCCAACAAGCCCACUCACGGAAGAUAUGACAACCGCUGUUACCACCAACAGAUACUUCACUCCUACUCAUCAGAAUGGCUCUCCUACUGCUGUUCAGCAAUUUGGCCCAUUCAGUCAGGUUCAUCAAGCCCAAGCAACUGAGACUUACCGCCAAGGUACACCAUUCUCUGAAGUUGAUGUCCCUAUCACUGCAAUCCCCAGUGAUCCGAUCUCCCGUGAUGUGUCUCAAUCUGUUCCCCCAAGUAUGCAAUAUGGAACCUUGUUCCCUCCGUACCGGGAUGCCAAUCACCUCUCACGGAGCAACUCGACCCGUCCCAGUGAUGAUCUCCCUCUCCGUGAUGCCAACUACUUUGCACGGAGCAACUCGACCCGUCCCAGUGAUGAUCCCCCUCUCCGUGAUGCCGAUUACUUUGCACGGAGCACUUCGACCCGUCCUCGCGAUGCUUUCCCUCUCCGGCAGGUGAACGAGGGCAAGCCUCUGACCCCGAUCGAUGUUCCAGCAGACCUGAUCCGAAGCCCCCGCGUGAACCAGUAUGGUAACAGCAGCUCGCUAGCUCUGGCCGAUCCGGAAGUUACCCAUGCGGGAUACAUGAAAAAGCGCAAGACCACACGUCUGCUCAGACACGAGUGGUCCGACGCACACUUCACGCUCCGUGGCACCAACCUGGCCAUGCACAAGGACGAGCGUGAUGCGCACCGCAUUUCACGUGCCCUGGAAAACAUUGAGGUCGACGAAUAUGCCGUCGCUUGCUCGUCGCUGGCGACAAGCUCCAAGCUGACGGCUGCGUUCAAGCGCUCGAUCUUACGUAACGGAAACAGUACCACUGACAUUCGUGAUGGUACCGCUUUUGCUUUCUCGCUUAUUCCAGCUACAAAGGAGAGUGAGAAAAAGGCUCUGUUUGGAAACAGCGCUGUUAAAACCCACCACUUCGCUGUCAAGUCUCGUGAGGAGCGCAUCGACUGGAUGCGUGAGCUUAUGCUUGCCAGGGCCCUGAAGAAGGGUAGAGACGGCGAGGAUGGUACGUCUAUGGAUGGGAAUAUGAUUUGA